AGUACUGGUCUGGGAUGAACGUCUCCUCACAUUGUGUUGAGCUCUUGUCAGCGGUCAGAUCAGCAGCAGACAUGGCCUUCAGCGGAACGUGGCAGGUUUACGUGCAGGACAACCACGAGGAGUUUCUGAGAGCCAUCUCUCUGCCAGAAGAUGUCAUUAAAAUGGCCAAGGAUGUUAAACCAGUGACUGAAAUCCAACAAAGCGGCAACGACUUCACCAUCACAUCCAAAACCCCUGGAAAAACCGUCACAAACUCCUUCACCAUCGGCAAGGAAGCUGAAAUCACCACCAUGGACGGCAAGAAGCUCAAGGUAGAAUAUGUUUGCAUCUUUUUAUGAUGUUGAACUGUUCAAGAAGAGUUGAUAUCGA